UCGUAAGUAAAUCCGCAUACCUAAUGUUCUUACACGGCCGUAGGUACAAGAUUUUUCAAUCGAUAGCUGUUUAUUAGCCGCCGCGUGUCGGUCAGUCGGCCGUGUCGGUGAGUGUCGGGAAAAUGAUGCGAAUAAUAUUUGGUGUCGGCGAUGUGUGUCGGUGCGAGUGUGUGCUGUGUGGGCUAGUGCGACAUGUUGGUGUGGGCUAUGGUGCUGUUCCUGCUGUUUCUGUUUCUUUCCGGGCACAUUCAGGGGCUUGCAUGGAGACAUAGCUUCAGGGAGUCGGGCGUGUCGUGGGGUCGGCGCGGGCGCGGGGUCGGCGGGGCGCGCGGCGCGAGCGGCGCGAGCGCGUGGCGGCGGCGCGAGCGCCUCGCGCAGUCUCGCAGGCCCAUGGAGAUCCUCACCAGCCUCUAUGCGCUGCUGUCUGGCGGGCAAGGUGUUAACCCGAAGAUAGACUCCGUCGCGUUCCGGCUGCACUGCGGGGCCACGACCGCGGCGCUGCUGGCGGCGAGCGCGGCGCUCACCACGCGCCACCUGGUGGGCAACCCGAUAGACUGCAUACACACCAGGGACAUCCCGGAAGACGUUCUCAACACAUACUGCUGGAUCCACUCCACGUUCACGGUGGCGGGCGAAGCGGGCGCUUACCCGGGCGUCCGCGGCGCCGGCACCUCCCCGCGCCGCUACGGCAAGUACUACCAGUGGGUGGCCUUCAUGCUGUUCCUGCAGGGAGUCAAGAAGGCGCCCCAGGGGAAGUACAUGGGAGCUCUAACGCAAUUAGGUGUUUGA